UUUUACGUGUCUGGUAUUUUCUGGGUUUUCUUUGCCGAAUAGAAGGCGCAAUUACCAAACUGUCCGGGCGCACCCCUUCACCCAGACAUAAAGGGGGGAAUGGCUGAAAACAAAGGGACUAACCCCAAUUAUUGCAUUUCUGGGCAGAAAAAUAAUUUAACAUUUUUGGAAAUCAUCAACCCCUUAGUGCCCAUUUUGAAGAUAAUCUGGGGCCCACACGCGGCCGUGACAGGUUCAUGGGGGACCCCGCUUGAAGUCCAGUUUUAAGGUGCCGGGACGGAUGGCCAGGGCCGGACUCCUGCUGCUGCCUCUUCUCCUCUGCUUCGGGCCAGAGACCGCCGGGAGCAUCAACCCAGAUGAGCUUAGAGGGAUCGUGGAUUAUGUGAAUCUUAAUGGGGGAGUUAACAAGCAAUACGCCUUCGCUGCCGCACUGCCCCAUGGCACUUGCAGCAAUCCCCAGGAUGUGUCCACCUAUCUGCCCCGGGACCAGCUAGCAGACAUGAGACAGAAGAUCCGCCAGUUUGGAGACCUGUACAACCCGCCCCGUGGGAACAUCGUGGCCGCCCGGCCAAAGAACGUGGUCACCCCCAAGGGGAACUACACGGAGCACAGCGAGUGGCGUCUGCUCCACGGAGAUCAGAACAGCCUCGUGGCCCAGCUGAAAGCCAGGACCUACGGCCAGAACAGCUGCCUCAUCUUAUUCACCUUCAACUCACCCUGCUCUGCCAAGUGUCUGCGUGAGGCCGGGCGCGCCAACAUCGUGCAGAUGACCAGCGACGCCUUCCGCUCCCUCGACAGCAACUACAAGGCCUUCGUCUUCCAGCAAAUAUUCAACUAUGACCUGAAGCCUGAAGUGACCCGCCAGGCCCUGCUACAGGCCUGGCACCGACUGCGCGAUGUCCCCUUGCUGCGCUGUGACAACAACGGCUGCAAGGACUGCGCGGUAGCGGAGCCUCAGAACAACCCCUGCCUGGCAGGGAAGAGGUAGAUGAUGAAGCAGAGCCAGGAACCUGUCACCUGCUAAGAUAUAUCUUUCCUAUCCUAUCGUUUUCUUGAAAUAUUUAACGGUAUGCCAGUAAUGCAAGGCCUACAGGACCUCAUGUAUCCUGUAUGAAUCAGCUUUAGCAAGAGCAGUGUGAUAAGUACAGGGUUAAGAUUGAUUUCUUUUAUUUUUCGUGUUUUUCUUGAGAGAGGCAUUGCGGAAGGGUUGUGAAAGGCCUUUGCAGGUAAAACUUACAGUUGAUUCGUGACCAUUACUCAAUAUUGCAGGAAUAAACAUCAAUCAAAUCUGCGAAGUGCAGGAAAACUUGAGAGAACAGGUUUCUUGGUACUUAACCACAGUAUUUCCCGCCCUUCUCUUUGUUCAGUCCAAGAAUCAUAGGAUGAUAGAACACUAGGACUGGAAGGGACCGUGAGAGGUCAUCGAAUCCAGUCCCGUGCCCUCAUGGCA